CACCCAAAACUCUUUUUAAGAACUCUACCAGAGAUCAACCCCGCGACCGAAAAUAAAUAAAACCAGGAACAAAAAAGGGGGAAAAAAAAAGGGGGGGAAAAAAAAGUUCCUGCAAAGAUGAUGAAAACGGAAACGAGAGGAGUUGGAAUUGGAGGAGGAGGAGGAGGUGAUAAAGGGAGGAGCUUAGCGUUCGAUCCCAAUCUCCCGAGAUGGGUUUGCCAAAAUUGUCGCCACGCUCUGUGCGUCGUCGGCGUCGAAUCCUACGCCGACAAGUUCUUCAACGACCCUUCUCGAUCCGGAAUGCAAGCCUCUGCGUUCCAGGGCAGUGUGUUAGGAUCUUCCCGGAUAGAAAAUUCAUUCGUCGUGUUAUCGAGGAACAAGGCCCUGAUCCACGGCAUCCCUCCUCGCCCACGAAGCGGGGCCCAACAACACGAGGCUGGCCAAACUACGAAAGCCAUGGAAGAGUCCUAUGUUGUGUUGCCGCCGCCUGCUGCCUCUAUGUACAAGGGCGAGUCCCCGUCUGAAGGAGUCGGGGUCCAAUCACAAGCUUCUAGUUCGAACCAGACUAGCACUUUGCCAGCAAAUAACACUGGUUUCCACUUUAGUGUGACCGUCUUGAAGCGCGCAUUUGAGAUCGCUAGUUCUCAAACUCAGGUUGAGCAACCUCUUUGUUUGGAAUGCAUGCGGGUGUUGUCAGAUAAGCUUGAUAAGGAGGUUGAAGAUGUGAAUAGAGACACAAAAGCUUAUGAAACAUGCCUUCAACGGUUGGAGAUGGAGUCUUAUAAUGUUCUCAGCGACGCUGACUUUCUAAAGGAGAAAGAGAAGAUCGAGGAAGAAGAAAGGAAACUUCAAGCUGCAAUUGAAGAAACUGAUAGGCAGCAUUCAGAGGUUAAUGCUGAGAUGAAAGAUCUUGAAACAAAAUCCAAGCUUUUUAAUGAGUUGGAGGAAAGGUAUUGGCAUGAAUUCAACAAUUUCCAAUUCCAGCUAAUCUCACAUCAGGAAGAGAGAGAUGCAAUUUUGGCUAAGAUAGAAGUUUCGCAAGCACAUCUGGAGCUUCUAAAGCGUACGAAUGUGCUCGAAAAUGCCUUUCAUAUUACACAUGCUGGAGAAUUCGGAACUAUAAACAACUUCCGUCUUGGCCGCCUUCCUAUGUCUCCGGUUGAAUGGGAUGAGAUAAAUGCUGCGUGGGGCCAGGCAUGCCUUCUUCUGAACACUAUGGCUCAAUACUUUCGGCCAAAAUUCCCAUAUCGAAUUAAGAUUCUUCCGAUGGGAAGUUAUCCGCGAAUUAUGGACACUAACAACAACACAUAUGAACUGUUUGGUCCAGUGAAUUUGUUUUGGAGCACCCGCUAUGACAAAGCAAUGACAUUAUACUUAACGUGCCUGAAAGAUUUUGCCGAGUUUGCGCAUAUAAGGGAUCUAGAAAACAAUAUUCCACCAGAUAAAUGUUUCAAACUCCCUUACAGGAUCGAAAACGAUAAAGUGGAAAAUCACACUAUCACCCAAAGCUUCAAUAAGCAGGAAAACUGGACGAAGGCCCUAAAGUACACACUGUGCAACUUGAAGUGGGUUAUGUAUUGGUUCAUUGGUAACACGAAUUUCCGGCCGCUAUGUCCAUUAGCUCCUUCUCAGGCUGAUGGUCCUUCCAUUGGAUAGCUCUUUAUGAGUAAAUCUGGUUAGAAUACUGAACUGAUUGAUGCUUUAAAUAGGAAAAGAAAAAAGGAGAAAAAAUGCUGACCCAAGAAGCCGAUUUUAGCUGCUUUUAGACUAUUUGGUUUCUCGUGUGUACAUAUAUAUAUAUAUAUAUAUAUAUAUAUAUAUAUAUAUAUAUAUAGGCUGGGACUACUAUACUUAUUUGUGAUUUCUUGUGCAGUGUAUUCACCUUUUCCGCUUUUUUUCCCUUUUGAUACUGCUGCUGCUACCUGCAGCUGCUCUACCUGUGUUUUCUCAAUCGUAAUAAUCAUAUGUAAAUUGCUGCAAGAAAAGCUUGAGGUGUCUUACUUUGAAUUAUUUUCUGAUACAUAUUCCUCAUUAACAACGAGUAUGAUGGAAUUGGAUAAUGUUCUUUCUGUU